CCAGCCCAGCCCUCACCCUGCAGCUCUGGCACAGGAGCUCCAGCCCCAGGACUCCCAGGUGUCCACUCAGUGAUCGCACUCAACACAGACGCUCACCAUGGAGACUGGGCUGCGCUGGCUUCUCCUGGUCGCUGUGCUCAAAGAUGUCCAGUGUCAGCAGCUGAAGCAGUCCGGAGGAGGAGCCGGAGGAGGCCUGGUCAAGCCUGGGGGAUCCCUGGAACUCUUCUGCAAAGCCUCUGGAUUCUCCCUCAGUAGCAGCUACUGGAUAUGCUGGGGCCGCCAGGCUCCAGGGAAGGGGCUGGUGUGGAUCGGAUGCAUUUAUGCUUGUAGUGGUAGCACUUACUACGCGAGCUGGGUGAAUGGCCGAUUCACUCUCUCCAGAGACAUCGACCAGAGCACAGGUUGCCUACAACUGAACAGUCUGACAGCUGCGGACACGGCCAUGUAUUACUGUGCGAGAGACACAGUGAGGGGCCCUAGGGCUGAACCCAGACACAAACCUCCGUGCAGGGGCGCGCGGCUCCACCAGGGGGCGCACAAGACGUACCGAGAGCACAUUCUGGUCUUGAAGUGUCAGUUGUCUCCCGUUUUGGAAUUCGGUAGACACAGUAUUCUCUUAACUGCUGUUACCAUGCUGUACAGUAGACCACACAACAUGUGGAUCCUGUCGGACUAA